AUGAAUGCUAAUGCUGUGGCAUUGCUUGGUCACGCCUCUCAUCAAUUGUCCAUGCACCAGCGACAAGCUAUUAAACCAUUCUUAAACAAAGAGUAUGCCACACUUUGUUCACCACAGAGCCUGGUUACAGAGUUCCUGUUUGGUGAUGAGCUUCAGUCUCAACUGAACAACAUAAAAGCCUCAAACAAGAUUGGUAACAACGACGAUCACGAAGCCUCAAACAAGAUUGGUAACAACGACGAUCACGAAGUUUUAUGGUGCCUUUUGCGACCAAAACGCCUGCCUCGAGGAUUCUCACAUAUCAUAGCUGCAGUUGUCUAUCAUCCUCCUGAUGCCAACUAUUAA